AUGGAGUCGGGCACGUCUCGAGAAGCAUACAGGCGCGAUGCUCCACUUCGUUCCGGCAAUCUUCCACUAUUUCGACUGGAACCUAUUUUCAAGAAGCUCGCAGAGAAACGGAACCCUGGCAAAGUUUUGUUCGGUCAUCAAUUGUUGGAUUUCGUCGAUGAAGGCUCUUCCGUUGUUGUCAAAGCGUCCGACGAACUAGGAAAUACCACAUUAUAUCGGUGCAAGUAUCUUAUUGCUGCAGAUGGAGGCCGUACCAUAGGCCCCAAGCUUGGUGUUAAGAUGGAAGGUCCAACCGAUAUCACUGAUAUGGUUUCGGUCCAUUUCAGCGCUGAUCUCUCUGAAUACUGGGAUGAUCGUUACUUUGCAUGUCACUUCAUCAAUGGUGAAUGCAAUACGGUCUUUGAGAGUGGUGCAAUUGUUCCUAUGGGUCCUAAUUGGGGCAAGAAUUCCGAGGAAUGGGUGUUCCAUUGCGGAUUUGCAAUGGACGACCAAAAUCGACACGACGAAGCUGCAUUAAUUCCUCGUACUCUUCAACUAUUGAAGAUUCCCGACUUGGAGAUGGACGUGCACAAAAUCAGCCACUGGGUCCUAGAGAAAGUCCUUCCGGACAAGUAUCAGGUGGGACGAGUAUUUCUUGCCGGCGAUGCUGGAAUCGUCGCCCGCCUACGACUGGGACAGGCUAGCGAGGCUAUUUUAAAUAGCUAUGAGCCAGAAAGACGAGCCGUGGGUGAGAUAAACUCCGAUUGGGGGUUAUUCACUUUCAACAACUCAGCCGUAAUCAAUACUUCUCUCGGUCUUAUUCCAGGAGACAGAAUGGCAAACGAGCUGCGCUUCAAAAGUUUGUUCGAGAAUACAGACAAAGGCCGCAGCUUCCGUGCUCAAGUUGCACGCAUAAUCAGCACGCAAUCCAUCGAAUUUUGUGCUCACGGAAUUGAAUUGGGCUUCGGAUAUCGCAAUGGUCUUCUUCUGCAUGACGGAAGUCUUCCAGUUGAUAGGGAUCCACUUGGUCUCAGAUACUAUCCAACCACGCAGCCUGGACAUCGUCUCCCACAUGCCUGGAUUGAGGCAGGAAAUCAUGUCAUUUCUACUCACGAUCUGGUGCCAAGAAAUGCAGGAUUUUCCUUGAUCACAGACGGCGAAGGAAGUGAUUGGCAAAUUGCUGCUGAUAAUAUCCGCCAAAACUGUGGUAUUGAAAUUGUCGUGGCUCAUAUUGGUGAUAACUGUUCUUAUCGGGAUUACGACGACCGAUGGGAUAGUCUGAAGGGUACUCAGUCUGGUGGCGCAAUUUGA